CACCGCAGUUCGGCCGCGGGACAAUCCGCUCGCUCGCUCACUCGCCGGACGACGUUCGAGACGUCGCGACGCCUCCGCCGCGUAAAUCCGCCGCUCCUUCGACUUUGAAACUAACGCAACAGGUGCGUCGUCGGGCCGAACUAUCGUGUAGUAGGCCGACGCGCGAUGAGUUCGGAAUCGAGGCGGCCGUGCGGGCCCGUCAAAAGCGCGAAACGCAAAAAACAAUCAAAGUGCGCCGCGCACGAACGUAACAACAACAAUAAACGACCGCGACCGAAUGGGACCACCAAAGACGACAUAUUCGACGCUUAUCAACCGUGGGUGAUCAGGACGUACGGAGAUCAGGCCAAGACGAAAACGAUCACGCUGAAAAAAUACGCGCGGAUACUGAGGACGCUGAGCGGCGACGAAUUGGCAAACGCGGACAACAGCAAGUUCCGGUUUUGGGUGAAGGCCAAGGGAUUUUGCGUGGGGAAACCGCCCGGUUACGAGGCGAAGCCCGCCGACGCCAUAGUGGGCCGGUACAGCGUUUGCGACGAAGACGGGGGGAUUCCCCCGCAGGACGACGAGCUCAAAGGGUCCGCCAAGGAUCCCCCGCUGUACGUUCCGACCGUCACUUUGAAGAAUUCCUCAACUAACCCGACGUAUCGCAAGGUCGCUGUGGUGGAGAACUUUUUCGACAUAAUUUACAACGUUCACGUGGAUUUAGAGGGACGACCUGGUAAACAUGCUGGACAAAAACGGACAUAUCGUACGAUAACGGAGACGUACGCCUUCCUGCCGCGUGAAGCCGUCACCCGUUUCCUUUUGGGAUGCACGGAGUGUCAGAAACAUCCACGUUCGCCCUCGCCGCCCCAGCCCCAGCCCCAGCCCCAGCCCCAGUCCCAGCCGCCAUUGCCUACGCCCAGCCCCAGCCCUACAUUGUGCGGUACGGGAGGACAAAACAACAACCACGCUGCCGCCGCCGCCGCCACCCCCCAACCGCAAACGACGCCGACGACUAACCGGCUUCUAAUAACAGAUGUUGCGUCCGACGUGCUCAGUCCUACCCCGUCUCCGACUCGGGUCGAGUUAAGGGAACAAAAUCCACCCGCCAAAUGCACAGCGAAGAGCGAUCUUAACAAGAACGUGGUGGAAAAACCCAAAAAGUCGACGAACCCUCUCGACGUGACAAAUUUAACGUCCAAAGAUAAUAAGAACAAACCGAAAUCGGAGCGAAACGAAGCGCCUAAGCUUUGGUCUCCAGUCAAAAGCAUCGAAGAGGAACAGAGAAGCUUACAGCCCAGGCGAAUACUGUUGCCUGAAAACAUAGACUAUUCGAUGCCGAUUACGACGACUUACUUGAAAUACAUGCGAAGCUUGGGGUGCAAAGAGGAAGACGCCUUCAACUUCGACAGUAAUCACGAAAACUUGCCUACCCCAGAGUCAUCAGAGGGCAACGAUGACGACACUUACAACGGAACAAAAAACGGGUCUAGUGACAUAACGGACCUCUCGUCCAUGACUGGCGGCGAUGAAAUGGCGGGACUGUGGGCUCAUUACCAUUCGGCUUUGGGUUUAGCCAAAGGAAAGUCGACGCCCCCUACGAUCAGGGAUCAAUCUAGUCCAACAAAUGCGGAUGCAAGUUCCGCUCACGACGAGACCAGCUCGAGUGGAAACAAAGACGAUGAGGAUGACGACGACGACGAUUCCGACGACAAAAUUGACACCCAGACUCAUGAUCCCGAACGGCUCAAAGCUUUCAACAUGUUCGUCAGACUGUUCGUAGACGAAAACCUGGACAGGAUGGUACCGAUUAGUAAGCAGCCGAAAGAGAAGAUCCAGGCAAUCAUCGAUUCAUGCACCCGACAGUUUCCGGAAUUCGCCGAACGGGCUCGUAAACGCAUACGCACCUACCUCAAAUCGUGUCGGAGGAAUAAAAGGGCGAGGGAUCCGAAUUCACCAUGGGAUACCUCGAGACCCACCCCUGCCCACCUCACAUCAGUGCAAGCGGAGCAAAUAUUGGCCACCGCGUGCGAAAACGAAAGCCAUAAUGCCAAAAGAAUGAGGUUAGGUUUGGAGCCCGUCAGUCAGCCCAUGCCCGUAUUACCUGGGGCACAGCCCACGGAUACAACGGCGUCGAUCACCAGAGGCAUAGAAUUUUCGAACAGCGUGAAACUAGAGAACGAGGUGUCAACGACAUUUCCGUCAACGACGACGCCCUCUACCACGCCUAACUCGAUUACCAAAGGUUCCAUAACACCCGAUCUGAAGUCGUCUUUAAGUUUGUCAAAUAGUUUAGGGGUGGGUACUAUGAACGGAAUUAGUACCAAUACUCCCGGGACAACCCCGACGGCUAUGUACAGGCCCAACUUUUCGCAGGCGUUUCAGAGAGCGGGACCCUACCCCUUGUUUCCAGGAACUCCUUUUGGAACCACCGGGUUAUUAGCUAACGGGCCCGCCGAUUUGAGUAUAAAACAAAAGCCACUCGUCAACCACAAACUCAACGCGGGUGAAAUGGCUGCCGUUAGGCAGCUAAUUACCGGCUACAGAGAAUCGGCCGCCUUUUUAUUGAGAUCGGCUGACGAACUCGAACAAUUGCUGCUGCAACAGCAAUAGUGUCAACUUUAAUUCACUUUUCGUGUGACCCGGACGGUUUCCGUUGAAGGACAAUUUGUCGCUGUGAUUGUGACCGCAUCUAUUGGGAUUAAGGGGUGUUUGAUCACUUGCCAUAUUCGCUAGUUAACGGUGUUUCCACGUCGGGAGCCGUCAAGCCAGAGCAGGGUAUCCAGUAAUAAUUUCGUUUAUACAUUGUUAAUGCCACACACACGUAAACCACACUCACACACGCGUUUCUACUUUAAAAAAGGCGACAUUUAAAUAGUCAUGGCAUACACUUAAGUCUAGCCCCCCUCUCCUUUUGUAAAUACUCAUUAAAUUAUUAAAUGUACACUACCAAAGACAUUAUUUGUAUAGUUUUAUAUUCUUCGAAGAGUAUAAAAGAGUCAUUAUGAAAUAAUAUAUGAACAAACAACAAAAAAAUUAAAUUUAUUUAGCACUUACACUUUAAAACGGAUCAAUGUAUUUCAAAUUAUAAUUUUAAAAAUAUAUUAUAUAUAAUAUAUGUUUCGUACAUUGUAGUCCUAUAUCGAGAACAUUAUUUAACACAUUAUCGGUUUGAUGAAAUACUGUGAUUGUUUUUUAAAUGUGCAUUAUAUUUUUCAACUCACUAGAUAUGAUGCUGUCCCAUCAAUUUUAGCACAUUCCAUUGUAAAUAGAUAUGAUUGUAUUUUGUCUUGAUUCACUGCCAGAGAAGAAUAAAUACAUUAUAAACCUAUAAAGUGUUUUAUUUUUUG